UUAUGAGAAAGUAAUAAGGGUUAACUUGUGAAAUAUUAUAUAUAUAUAUAUAUAUUUAUCUGAUAAGUUUUAAUGAUAUUAUUCCAUCUUAAUACGCCUCAUGCACUUGUCAUUCCCUGCAAAUGAUUAUAUAAUAGCCUUCCUCAUCAUAUCCAUCACCAUCGUCUUGAUCAACCAUCAUCAUCAUCAUUGUCAACUUUCUUUUUUAUCUCAUUUCACCCCCCACACACACACACCCUUCUUCUGUCCUCUUCUUCUCCUCAAAUAAGAACCCCUAAAUAAAUUAACAAAACCCUAACCCCACCCCCUCCUCCCUUCUUCAAGAAACCAAACUUACAUUACAUGGUCCAAACCAUGGACUUAUCCCCUACACCCACCAAGACCACCCAAGAUACAGAUACAGAAACCCCACCUCCACCUCAGGCAACCAGGUCUUUAUCCUUCUCCAAUGGCCCUCUUAAACUACACCACCGCCACCUCAACCACCACGCGCCGCCACCUAUGGUGGUUUCUUACCGGGAAUGCCUCAAGAACCACGCGGCCAACCUAGGCGGCCACGCCCUCGACGGCUGCGGAGAGUUCAUGCCCUGCCCCACCGCCGAGCCCUCGGACCCCACUUCACUAAAAUGCGCAGCCUGUGGAUGCCACCGGAACUUCCACCGCCGAGACCAGCCGGAGGAGCCCACCUCUAAACACUUCCUUCAUAGCUUCCACAAUGGUCGUCAGUUCCAACUCCACCCACUUCGGCCGUCGUCUCAGCCACGUCAAGGCCGGAGCUCAAGCCCAAGUCUUAGCCCGAGCCCGAGUUCCAGCACAGGCCCAACUCCGAGCCCACAGUCUCCGCCGCCGGUGUCUCACUUACCACCUAACUCUUACUUCGCUUCUCCACCCCAGAUGCUUUUAGCUCUCAGUACCGGCUUCUCAACUGGACCGCCGUCCGAUGACCAUCACCCUACCCACAAGAGUUUCAAUCCGACGGCGGGGGUGAAAUCUUCGGAGGCUAACUAUUCCAACGCAAAGAAGAGAUUCAGGACGAAGUUCAAUCAAGAGCAGAAAGAAAAGAUGUGUUUGUUUGCCGAGAAAGUGGGAUGGAAAAUGCACAGGAGUGAGGAGAGAUUAGUAGAAGAGUUUUGUAAAGAGAUUGGAGUUCGUAGAGGAGUUCUUAAAGUUUGGAUGCACAACAAUAAGCACACGCUGGGAAAGAAAGACAGGGGAUUAAGCCACAGUCACAACCUUGUCGAUGAAGCUAGUAAUGGCGAUAAUACUAAUAAUGAAGGUAGAGUACUUAGCUUUGAUUCAAAUCAGGAUAAUGAAAUCGUUGUUGACCAGAACCAAAAUGGUGAAGAUAGAAGAGCUAAUUUCAAUUUUUUCGCUAAUGGGUCUUCUUCUUCAUCAUGAAUGUGAGAAAAAGCAGAGAGAGAAAGAAAGAUAAACUAAGUCCAAUGAAUCUUCUUCUUUCACUAUUGAGCCAUGGAUAUUGUUCCAACUUCCAUUGUACUCUGGUUUAGUGAGGUUGAAGAAGAGAACAGAAAGAUUCCAACUUAAAUGGAAAUUCUUUAAUUUUAUUUAAUUUUUAUCAAAAUAUUUCAAAUUUCUUGCACGAAUAUGUUAUGAGUUUUCAUUUACGCAUACGCAUUUUCUUGGCGGAUAAUAUUAUCGUUUUUUUUACUUGUAUAAUAAAAUUUCAACUUAAUCACUUUUGGAUAAAUACAUUGUAAAAUCCUAAAUGGUCAAAUUUACAGCAA